GGCAGUGGUACUGAUGCGGGAUGAGUCAGGCUAUAUGAUGCUGCUGCUACUGCUGCCAUUUCAUCAGCAGCGAAACCCCACAAACACACAGCGAACACACAAGUGAUACGGCGGGAUUCCCCCCUCUGACAGCGAGCAUCCUGCCCUCACGAACAUCCACGCGUGUCGGUGUGUGAACACACAACACGCGCUUGGUGUCCGUGGUUUAUUCGUGGCUCCGGGUGAAAGCGCAACAUCCGUUUUUUCUCUUCUUCUUCUGUUGCACCUGCUCUGGAUUUUUCUUUCAGCUCUCGAUCGGGCCUGACAUCAACAAGGAAAUCAGCCCACAGCAGGGCCUGCCGUGCACCAGCGUCUCUUCGCAAGGCUUCAAGGCAAACAUCGAGGCUUUGUCGGGGGUUCAGCUGCUCUGCUGCGUCCUGAGGAUCGAUCGAGCCAGACUGGUCGGUGCCAUGGAGCCCACAUCAGCCUGGUCCUGAGCGGCACAGAGAGACACCAUCCUGGCCUAGAGUCCACUCCUGCUCCAACCCGACAGACAGAUAGACAGACAGACGCACCGCUGAGAGCGACAGACAGGCACACAGCCAAGUCAUGGAGGCGAUAUGGCUCUAUCAGUUCCGGCUGAUCGUCAUCGGGGACUCCACGGUGGGCAAGUCGUGUCUGAUCCGGCGGUUCACGGAGGGCCGCUUCGCCCAGGUGUCGGACCCGACCGUCGGCGUGGACUUCUUCUCCCGGUUGGUGGAGAUCGAGCCCGGCAAACGGAUCAAGCUGCAGAUCUGGGACACCGCGGGACAGGAGCGCUUCAGGUCCAUCACCAGGGCUUACUACCGUAACUCAGUGGGUGGGCUCCUCCUGUUCGACAUCACCAACCGCCGCUCCUUCCAGAACGUCCAUGAUUGGCUGGAGGAGGCUCGCAGCCACGUCCAGCCCCACAGCAUCGUCUUCCUAUUGGUGGGGCACAAGUGUGACCUGGAGUCAAAGCGCCAGGUGACCCGCCAGGAGGCAGAGAAGCUGGCGGGGGCGUACGGGAUGCGCUACGUUGAGACGUCGGCCCGUGACGCCAUCAACGUGGAGCACGCCUUCACCGAGCUGACCAGAGACAUCUUUGCCCUGGUGCGGUCCGGCGAUAUCACGAUCCAGGAGGGCUGGGAAGGUGUGAAGAGCGGGUUUGUCCCCAAUGUGGUGCACUCCUCGGAGGAAGUGACCAAGAGUGACCGCCGCUGUCUGUGUUGAUCUGGGAACACUUUCGGGACUGAAGGUGAAAAGGGGAGGGAUCCAGGAAGGAUUCAGAGAGUGGAGUGACUGACGGACUGAGGUGUCAGCCGUGUGACUGAGACUGUUGGUAGCCCUCCUUUGUUCUUUGUUCAGACUGGAUACAGAGGGAAAUGUUUGAGGACGAUCCACGAAGGCAGAAGGCGGAGAAGAACACCUUGAAUGUGGGUGGAGAGCCAAAGGGUUGUGCCCAUUUCUGUUUAAUUUUUCGGAGAGGAAGGAUCGCACAUGCUCAUUCAAUUGCGAGGGCUCCCAUGAUUCGGUUCCUUGGUUUUGUGUUUUUUUGGAAAAUCCCUCCCUGAAAGUCUUAGAAAGGCCUUAGAAAGAGGAUCCAUUUUGGUUCUCCGCCAAAAUAUGACACUCUGGACUAAUCUUUCUUUCUCCCAUCAUCUCUUCCUUCACCUUGCCUCCCACUACUUCUAACCUUCUCCUCUCCUCCAAUAUGCAAUUACAUGAUCACAUAUGAAAUGAUCACUUUUAUGUUGAUAUCCAACAUCCUCCAAGCACAUAUCAUUUGAAAAAAGUUUAGUUGGCACCCUUAGAUUUAAUGUCCCUCGUUAACAAGAGUCGUGUUUCUUUUGUGCUGACAUUUUUCUCCACAUUCCACCACCAGGUCAAUGGAGGAGUUCUGGAGGUCCUAAAUUUAUCAAGGAAAGACAGAUUUCCUUCCUGGAGCAGAGAUUUUGUUGCCAGACACCACAUUAUAUCAUUAUUUAUUUCCCUUUGAAGCAAUUUAGGCCUCCAGUGAGCUCAAUGACAUUGACUACAUGGUUAUAUCCACUAUCAUUCUGCUAAAUACCGCACUAUAAUAAAACAUCGUCAUCCAUCCAGUUCCUAACGGACUCCUUAAGCAGGAAGAGACAACGUGUACAGCUGAACUGAACGAGGUGGACUUGGACUAGCGUAACAACUCCUAACUAUCUGCCUUUAACUGGGGACUUGUUAAGGUGGACUAAUAGGAGUGUUGGAGCUAGAAAGCACCUUAACAGCCAAGUCCACCUCAACAAUGGAGCCUCAUUUUGGACUUCCGAAGGGUGCAGAUUAACAUAGUGGAGAUAAUUUAUUUCUUGAAAGCAACAGAGAGGGACCAGACCACAGACUCCACAAAAGAACCACAUUAUCCACAAUGCACGGACAAUAUAAUCAUGCAAAGAAAGUCAAACUGGCAGAUAUUAACUCAACCCAACACAGAUAUGGAGAAACGACAAGGUGAAAUUUGCUCUGAGCAAGUGGUUUAUAUGCCUUUUUUUAUGUGUGUGCGCAAGUGUAAUAUCUCCUCAAUCCUUAAUUUUCUUUUAAUACACUCCAAUGCUACAGGUUGAUGUGUUCAGCGAAGUUACUCUGGAAUUUUCUGCAGUUCAAAGAUCCAAAUUACACUAAGAAACUACAUGUGUUUUGGAUGGAUCGGGUAGCUAUGUGAUACCGUAAGAAGCCAACUGUAAAUGAAACCUUGCAGGGCAACACAUUCUCACUCCGACUUUGUCACAAAUUGACGUUUGGUCAUGGACUUUCCACAUCGAGAUAGGACGUGCAAGGUACCCUGGGUGUGUUGGUUGUUGACGUUCUGGGAUGCCGUGUCAAGUUCCGCCUGUUUACAUGCAUUGUCUUCUUUAAAAUACACUUCCGUUUCCCAGGAAAUUUACCGUUUACAUACAGUCUCUUUUUAAAAUAAACGCACUACGUCAGUCAACAAUGCAAAUUGACGUUUUUUUUCCUCUAACAACUAACUCACAUGGUUGGGUUUAGGGAAAAAAACAGGGUUUGGCUUGGCUUUGGUUUGUUGGACCCAUCCACCACCACUCCUGCCUGCCCUACUUGGACUUUCGCUGCCUUAACUUUCGUUCUUGCUCCGCUGAGUUUCCCCCAGAAGCUGCUGAACGCCGUUAAACUAUAACAGCAACCGGCCGCGUAUCAUGCUGUUGUUAAAGGACGGCUUUUUUGUCAGUGUCUGUUGCUGCCCAAGCGCCGGAUUUCAGAUAUCGACGACUUCGGAGUGAGACUGAGUUAUGCAGGGUGGUUUUAGAUGGUGUAAAUGCAAGUAAAUUGGAAAGACAUACACUCAGUUGCUAAUUUAUUAGGUACAUGUAGGUUAAAACAAUUCAGUCUAAGGCCCUGAUCACACAGAGUGAGUUUAGUUUUAGUGAUUUUUUGUAAUGGUUUUCAAUGAGAGUGAAAUGUUUUGCUCGCUGCAUUUGCAUUGCUGAGCUCCCUGAGCCUCGUGUUGAAAAAACUUUAGCUCAGAGUGGGAAAAGUGCCCAAUGUCAUUGUCAUUUUUUUCAUUGUCCAAGAGGGGGAGGACCUUCUGUGAUGGCAAUGACGAGUGGUAGCAUACAUGGUUUGUGUUAAUGCUCGCUUUCAUCAUCACCCUUGACAAGCUGCAAAAUAUAUCUGAACAAGUUGUCACCUCAGUUACUUUUUACCAACUGUAAUUAGGCCUCACGAUUGAUAGCAGAUUGUCAAACUGUCCCUGACUCAUCCUGAAAUAAGCCUUGAACUGACCAUCAUCCAGGCAAAGCUCCUAGACCAGCUGGUGGUACUCCUUGUGAUUUCUCCUCUUUCUGAGGGUCUCAUAUACACACGGUCCAUUUCCCUUAAAUUAGAGAGUAUAGAGCUAUGAGUUUGAUUCACAGCAAAAAAGCAGUUAAAUCUAAAAAAUAACAAUAGACGCAGCAACCUACAAAAAGCGCUCUGUCUGAUCGGGGCCUCAUGCAACAGUCCUGCAAUAAAAUCCUUCCUCCAUAAAGGUUAUAAUGUUCUGUUUUACAAACAAGACUCAUAAAAUGGCACGGGUAAUUAGUAAGUAUAUUCAAACUUUAUCACAUUGGAUACAUAAUUACUGUUAUAGUAAUGAGUCAGAGGUUCACAGCAGGUGGCAAAACACCUGUUGGGACAUCACUGUUUGGGCUGUUGCAGAAAUGCUUAAAGGCCCAGACCCACCAAACUGACAUCAAAGGACUAGGCACUUGAACACACCACAAAGAUUCCGGUUGACAGCCAACCAACAUGUACGUUCUGUGCCUGUGUGAGAGGAAACAACUUUCCACAACAGCAGGCGGUGGUAGUCUGUAUUCGUCAUUCAAAAAGGGAAAUCAGAAGACUGGCAGGAGAGAUUUAAGAUGCUAGUUAGCCAGUUAGCACAUUAACAAUAUGAUCUAGUGUUGAAAAAAAUAAUGGAUAUUUACUGUGUGCUAGCCAACAAUAACACAAACAGAUAUGAACCGUUUAUGCUAAAGAGCUCAAUGGCUAAAAAAAAUCUUACCUAAUAUAACAAGUUGUUUUUUUUUUUAAUCUCUUGCCCUCAUGACUUUAGUCGUUUGUUUACUUUCCUCACUUUCGAUUCUCUACUACUGCACUGAACUGACCUGCCAAUCAGAGUGAUUUCCUUCACUGACAAGCUCCGACUGAUUUAAUAUGCUGAAUUAGCCAAAAACCAGGCAGUGAGGGCCGACUGGUGGCACCCAAAAACUAGGACGAAAGACGCACACUGAUGGCCAGACACUGACUGACAGUUGUCCAUCUGCUUGGUGUGUGAGGACCCUAAAGAUUUAACUUGCUGUGUUACUGUUACAUUCAUGUUUUCACUCAAGAUCUCAUGUCAGUUAUUGAUGUUUUUUUUGAAGCCAAGAAAAAACAGAGGGAGUAAAAUUCUUUAUAAAGGUGUAAAACAACAUCAAAAACCAUGUGUGUUGGCAGGCGAUUUGUCUUCUUGACUGAAAACACCAGUAAUCUACCAGUAGAUUCUCAUUCAAACUAAAUAUUCUUACACGAUUAGCGCUGGACCAAAUAUAUUCAUCUGUUUCUUGUUUUUGUCAGCCACAUCUACCUAUAUAUUUGGCUGAAUUUGCUGUAAUAUAAUAAAUUAUUGGCAAUUAAACACUGACGAGGAACAGAAAGAGACUUUUAGCAUUGUUAGCAAGUAAAUGUACCGGUGUAAAUCUGGAUUUCCAUGUACCUUUUUAUUUUCAGAAUCAUUAUUUAAGCUAUCUUGCAUUUUCUUUUUAAAAUUUCAUAUGAUUUUAUUUGUCAUCUCUUUUUGACCCUUAAUCUGAUACACAAUCCUUAAUGAAUGCCUUGGUUUAUUCUUGCUAUGAUUUCUGCUAAUUAAUUAAUGCCUUUCCCACGCAGUUCAUAAUUUCAGUGAGGAAACUGCAAGUGCUUCAUUUUCUCACACUGUAUGCCUUCUUUUUAUGUCUCCAAAGACUUCUGCUUGUUAUCCUAUUUUAACAUGAAUGUAUCAGUAGGGGAAAGGGUGAGAUUUUUUACAUUGUCAUAAGAAAUGUGUGUCAAAGCAACACAUCCUGUUCCUUACAAAAGCUUUGACAUAGGUAGUCCAAUCUCUCAGCUUUACGUUGUUAUUCCUUACCGAAAUGAGUGAAGGCUAACAGACAGAAUAAAAAAGUCAAUCUUCGAAAAUCCUUCCAGAAAGAAAAAAAGUCUCCCCGAUGCCCUUGUGCUUUUGAAAUCUAACAUUGAAGGUUAUGUUUUAUCCUUCAGUCUGUUUUCCUUUCUCUGCUUGCUGUAUCAUCACCAGUGCUUUCUACUGAAACACCUUUAAGCGUUCCCAACUGAACGUCAUGUUGAGAAGUGUUAAGGUCAGUGUGGGUGGGUGUGCGGCUCCUCCUUAUGGGCUGCCAAGACUCUUUCACCAGAUGUCAGCCGGCUGGUCGAUCUGCUCUGCUGUACAGCACCCAGUUGGAUGUCUCUAAGCUCUGUUGUAUCUUGCUUCCACUCUGAAAUAUUGUCUUAGUCAUUUGGGGAAAUAUGCUCACUGGCUUUCUUGCUGAGAGUUCGAUAAGCAUACUUCCCAAAAUGUUGAACGAUUCAUUUAAGUAGCUACAAUAAAAUACAAAGUCUCUAAAAUCUCAUAUUUGGAAUUUUCUUUUCCACCCCCUCUGAACAAAUAUUUUGGUCCCCAUUUGAUUUUUUGUGUACUGUCAGUAACUAUUUUGCCUUCUAAUGAUGUUUGUGUUCCCAUUUUAUACCUUAAACAUUCCCUUUGAUUCCUGUUUCCAUGAACUGUUCUA